AUGCCUGUCUCAACGUUUACUUCGGUAGCCAGUAUGGCGAUUACUAUUACAGGUUUCAUCAGCAGCGUUUCAGCUGGCGACUUGGACUUUGUUUCUAGCACUCUCGUCACACCAAUGCCGACUCCGACUUCUCAAACUAUCCCUUUUUCUCUGGCUGGCCCAGAUCCAAGCGGAGAUAGUGGUGACACUGGAGAAUGCAGGCUGUUAGGUCCUUUCUCUCUUCUGGUGCAAGUCGCCCUCGGAGCGUUAGCACUUUUAUCCCUUGUCUAUAAGAGAUGGAGGGAAAGACCACAACGACCUUUAAAAGUGUGGGCGUUCGAUGUUUCUAAGCAGGUCUUUGGAUCAGCUAUGCUACAUCUGGCGAAUCUGCUCAUGUCCAUGUUCUCGGCCGGUCAGUUAGAAAUUACGAGCGAGUAUAAACCAAACCCAUGCUCUUUCUACAUACUGAACCUAGGCAUUGAUACUACUCUCGGGAUACCGAUUCUCAUUUUCAUCCUCCACAUUUUGAACCGCCUGGCUCUUUACACACCUCUUGCAGAUCCCCCAGACUCUAUCAAGUCCGGGCACUACGGUCGUCCGCCACGAGCAACUUGGUGGUUCAAACAAUCUAUGAUAUACUUUGUGGGACUUUUAGGAAUGAAGAUAUGCGUCUUCUUCCUUAUUCAAUUGUUGCCGUUUAUCGUCCAGGUGGGCGACUGGGCUUUGCGAUGGACCGAGGGUAACACAGCCGUUCAAAUCAUCUUUGUGAUGUUGCUUUUCCCGGUAAUCAUGAAUGCGAUUCAAUAUUACAUCAUCGAUAUAUUCAUCAAGAAGCCGUCGCAUGAAAUGCUAGAAGAGAGUGAGGUUGAUGAUGUACUGGAUGACAGGCACGAUCACCAUCAUGCCUUGUUGGCCGGGCUGGAAGAGGAAGUCGCAUCAGAAUCAGAAGAUGACUCUGCUGGGAAGGGCACCAGGAAAGUAUUCGUGAGCCCUCCCCAGAAGGAUGUCGGGCGCCUAUAUGACUCUGCUGAGUACCAUCCAACAAGCGAACUGGAGCAUAGUUCUGCAUCAUCAACAUCUGCUAGAGCUCGCGCGGGAUAUAUUGAAAAUGAUCAGACGUUGUCAUCGGCAGAGUUUGAAACACAACAAAGUGAUCAUGACUAG